AUGUCCAAGUCGCUCUUCCUCCUCGGCACAGGCUACAUCGGCGGCUCAGUCCUCGUCGCCCUGCUCGACAAGGGCGAAUACACGAUCAGCGCACUCUGCCGCGAUGAGAAGAAGGCGGACAAGUUGCGUGAGAUGGGGGUCAGGCCAGUCAUGGGCGAGUUGAGCAGCGACGAGGUCAUCUCGAAGGAGGCGGCGGCCAGCGACAUCAUCAUGCACAUCGCGACGGCGGACGACCUUCCCUCCGUCAAGAGCAUCCUCAAGGGUCUCUCGCAGCGAGACUCGUCCAAGCCGCCCGCCAUCUACAUUCACACGUCCGGCACCGGCGUCUUGACCGUCCCCACGCACCCUGACGACAUCACCUUUAACGACAAAGACCCAGCCAAGUUUGACAAGCUCAUUCCCGACCACGCACCUCACCGCGAGAUCGACUUGACCAUCAAGAGGGCUGUCGAGGAGGGAAAGCUGAAUGCGAAGGUCUCGAUCAUCCUCCCGCCCUGCAUCUACGGCAUCGGAACUGGUCCGUUCAACCAGAUCUCGAUCCAGAUCCCGCGCUGGAUCAAGGAGAGCAUCAAGGAGGGCAAGGUCAUCAACCACGGUCCGCAGAACUACUGGCGCAACAUUCACAUCCGCAACCUCGUCACCGCCUACCUGACGCUCCUCUCGCACCUCGAGCAAACCACCGCCUCUCCACCUCUCUACAUCAUCGCCGAAACCGGCGGACACCGCUGGGGCGACCUCGGCAUCCUCCUCGACAAGCUCCUGAAGGAGCGCGGGCUGAUCAAGGGCGAGAUGGUUGAAGACCCCGAGGGUUCGACUGAGACGGAGACGGGGACGCAGAGCAGGAGCAAGGCGGAGUGGUUGCAUGAGUGGGGGUGGAAGGUCGAGCCUGAGGAAACGAUUGAGGAGUCGAUGGCGGAGGAGAUUGGCUUUAUGCGGAAGACGGGUGCCAUUUGA